UUCCCUUUCUUCCAUUCAUAAACUUUGAGGAAGGUAUCUCAUUUUUAGCAUUAGUUUUUGUUGCUUCAAAUCACAUUUUUUUUGUUUUGUUCCUAAAGUUGCCUUAAAGCUAAAUUUAUGCUAAACAGGCCUAGUAUUUUAAAUCUCCCUUUACAUUGACAGCUUUCUUAAGGAAGAACUAAAUUAGGAUUAAAGUACUUAGAAAUAUGCAAGAUUUGUGUAAGUUCUGAAGUGUGUGUGUGCAGAUCCAAAUAUGGUAAAAUCUCUUGGAGCCAGAUUUUGUUCUUUAGUAAGUGGUUGGCUCUCAUUGAACUUACUGGGAGUAUGUGCCCAUAAGUGAUACCAGAAUUUUCCUAAGUAUCUUGAAGACAAAGAAUUGAUCAAAGAUUAUUUUGGGCUGUCCCAUCAAUACAAGUUUGGUAUCCUUAACACUCUGUAGCAUUGGAUACAUUCUUUACUGGCUUGCAGAGCACACUUUAGUCUAUGCAACUUUUUAAGCACUUCCAUUGUGGUUGUGACUGAUAAGGGGGACAGUACUCCUUUUAUUUUUGCAAUUCCAAAUGUAUUAUUCUGAGACCUUUGAAGUGUGACCUGGAAAGUUGAUCAAAAUGUGUCGUGACCUGUAUUAAGUUCAAUUCACACUUGAAACUACUAAAGGGGUUUUUAUGCAUGGUUUUCUGCUUGCUACACGCACAAGUGUUCAAACAGAAAAUAGCAGUGUUCAGAUUUAUUUCUGAAUUAGCUUGGUAUUCACGAAACAUUUCUAAUACAUACAUACUUAUUUUAAAAGAUUACUUUGUAAAUUUUAGAGGAGAAGAGCUUAAGAACUUCCUCAAAGUGCUAACCUUAAGUAACAGUGUUUGCCUGUUUGCUUGCCUGGUAAACUUUGCUUUUUAUACUGACAGACGUUACUAAUGUUUAAGUUGAUUUAUCAACAGUAUUUUUAAAAACUCAAAUUUGUCUUGUGAAAAAUGAGAUGAUUAGAGGAACAGAAAGAAAGCAACAGUAUUAUGGGCUGCAAAUCUUGGAAAAUGUGAUUAAAACAAGAUGGAAGAUUCUUCCAAGGAACCAGUGUGAAGGAAUAAAAAAGUAUGUUGUUGGCUUAAUUAUCAAGACCUCAUCUGAUCCAACAUGUGUAGAAAAAGAGAAAGUAUAUAUUGGAAAACUGAAUAUGAUUCUUGUUCAGAUUCUGAAACAGGAAUGGCCCAAACACUGGCCAACAUUUAUAAGUGAUAUUGUAGGGGCAAGCAGAACAAGUGAGAGUCUUUGCCAAAACAAUAUGGUGAUCCUUAAACUGUUGAGUGAAGAAGUGUUUGAUUUCUCCAGUGGACAAAUAACUCAAGUUAAAGCUAAGCAUUUGAAAGAUAGUAUGUGCAAUGAGUUCUCACAGAUAUUUCAGCUGUGUCAGUUCGUGAUGGAAAAUUCUCAAAAUGCUCCCCUUGUUCAUGCAACUUUGGAGACUUUAUUACGGUUCCUUAACUGGAUUCCAUUGGGAUACAUAUUUGAGACCAAGUUAAUCAGCACAUUAAUAUACAAGUUUUUAAAUGUUCCCAUGUUUCGAAAUGUCUCUUUGAAGUGCCUCACAGAGAUUGCAGGUGUCAGUGUAAGCCAAUAUGAGGAGCAGUUCGUAACUCUCUUUACACUGACCAUGAUGCAGUUAAAACAGAUGCUUCCUUUAAAUACAAAUAUCCGGCUUGCAUACUCCAAUGGAAAAGAUGACGAACAGAACUUCAUUCAGAAUCUCAGUCUAUUUCUCUGCACGUUUCUUAAGGAACAUGGUCAACUUAUAGAAAAGAGGUUAAAUCUGAGGGAAACCUUAAUGGAGGCUCUUCACUACAUGUUGCUUGUGUCAGAAGUUGAAGAAACUGAAAUUUUCAAAAUCUGUCUUGAAUACUGGAAUCAUUUGGCUGCUGAACUUUAUAGGGAGAGCCCCUUUUCAACAUCUGCUUCUCCAUUACUUUCGGGAAGUCAGCACUUUGAUGUUCCUCCUAGGAGACAGCUUUACCUGCCUGUGCUGUCCAAGGUCCGGCUGUUGAUGGUUAGCCGCAUGGCAAAACCAGAAGAAGUGCUAGUUGUGGAAAAUGAUCAGGGGGAAGUUGUGCGAGAAUUCAUGAAGGACACAGAUUCCAUAAACUUGUACAAGAAUAUGAGAGAAACGCUGGUUUAUCUUACACAUCUGGAUUAUGCUGAUACUGAGCGAAUAAUGACAGAAAAACUUCAUAAUCAAGUCAAUGGAACAGAAUGGUCAUGGAAAAAUUUGAAUACUCUGUGUUGGGCUAUAGGCUCAAUCAGUGGAGCAAUGCAUGAAGAAGAUGAAAAAAGAUUUCUUGUUACAGUAAUUAAGGACCUUUUGGGACUCUGCGAACAAAAGCGAGGGAAAGAUAACAAAGCUAUCAUUGCAUCAAAUAUCAUGUAUAUAGUAGGUCAAUAUCCACGUUUUUUGAGAGCGCACUGGAAAUUUUUGAAGACGGUAGUUAACAAGCUGUUUGAGUUCAUGCAUGAGACUCAUGAUGGUGUCCAGGACAUGGCUUGUGAUACCUUCAUAAAAAUAGCACAGAAAUGCCGCCGACAUUUUGUUCAGGUCCAAGUGGGAGAAGUCAUGCCAUUUAUUGACGAGAUACUGAAUAAUAUUAAUACAAUCAUUUGCGACCUUCAGCCACAACAGGUUCAUACGUUCUAUGAAGCUGUUGGAUACAUGAUUGGGGCACAGACUGACCAAACUGUACAAGAGCAUCUGAUAGAAAAGUACAUGUUGCUCCCUAAUCAAGUGUGGGACAGUAUAAUUCAACAAGCAACAAAAAAUGUUGAUAUUCUGAAGGAUCCUGAAACAGUUAAACAGCUGGGUAGCAUCCUGAAAACAAACGUAAGAGCAUGUAAAGCAGUCGGCCACCCCUUUGUGAUUCAGCUUGGAAGAAUUUAUUUAGAUAUGCUGAAUGUAUACAAGUGCCUAAGUGAAAACAUUUCUGCAGCUAUUCAGGCAAAUGGUGAAAUGGUUACAAAGCAACCUUUGAUUAGAAGUAUGAGGACAGUAAAAAGGGAAACUUUAAAACUAAUUUCUGGUUGGGUGAGCAGGUCCAAUGAUCCUCAGAUGGUAGCUGAAAAUUUUGUUCCUCCCCUGUUGGAUGCAGUUCUUAUCGACUACCAGAGAAACGUUCCAGCUGCUAGAGAACCUGAAGUACUUAGUACAAUGGCUAUCAUUGUAAACAAGCUUGGGGGACAUAUUACUGCUGAAAUACCUCAGAUAUUUGAUGCUGUUUUUGAAUGCACGUUAAAUAUGAUCAAUAAGGACUUUGAAGAAUAUCCUGAACAUAGAACAAACUUUUUCUUACUACUUCAAGCAGUAAAUUCUCAUUGCUUUCCAGCAUUCCUGGCCAUUCCACCUGCACAGUUCAAACUAGUUUUGGAUUCUAUUAUUUGGGCCUUCAAACAUACAAUGAGAAAUGUUGCAGAUACAGGCCUUCAGAUACUGUAUACGCUAUUACAAAACGUUGCGCAAGAGGAAGCUGCUGCCCAGAGUUUUUAUCAGACUUACUUCUGUGAUAUUCUUCAGCAUAUUUUCUCUGUUGUCACAGACACUUCACACACAGCUGGUUUGACAAUGCAUGCAUCAAUACUUGCAUAUAUGUUCAAUUUAGUAGAAGAAGGAAAAAUAAGUACUCCCUUAAACCCCGGAAAUCCUGUAAACAACCAAAUGUUUAUUCAGGAGUAUGUUGCUAAUCUUCUUAAAUCUGCAUUUCCUCAUCUGCAAGAUGCACAGGUUAAGCUAUUUGUAACAGGACUCUUCAGUUUAAAUCAGGAUAUUCCUGCAUUCAAAGAACAUCUAAGGGAUUUCCUAGUCCAAAUUAAGGAAUUUGCAGGUGAAGACACAUCUGACUUAUUCUUGGAAGAAAGAGAAACAGCUCUUCGACAGGCUCAAGAGGAAAAACAUAAACUUCAGAUGUCUGUCCCUGGCAUCCUUAAUCCACAUGAAAUUCCUGAGGAAAUGUGUGAUUAAAAAUCAUAAAACAAGUUAUGCAGUUUUCUUUCUGUGCAGCUUUGUUGUGAUAGAAGAAAACGGCACUUGGAUAUUUGUUGACCAAAAUGAUGCCAAUUUGUAAAUUAAAAUGUCACCUAGUGGCCCUUUUUCUUAUGUGUUUUUUGUAUAAGAAAUUUUCUGUGAAAUAUCCUUCCAUUGUUUAAGCUUUUGUUUUGGUCAUCUUUAUUUAGAUUUGCAUGAAGUUAAGAAUUAAGGCAUUUUAAAAAAAUAAUACUUCAUGCCCAUUUUGUGGCUACAGGGAAAGGAGUCAAAACCCAACUUGUAAAGUCUAUUCCAAAAUUAUACAGUUCUCCGUAAGAGUACCAAUUUUUAAUUAGGGAUCACUUUUUUUCUAGUCUGCCCUGCAGCCUGGAAGAAAAGGUAAUGAGUAAAACAAAUUGAGUUAAUUGUUAAGCAGAGGAAUAUAGUGCUGCAUUAUCUGAACAGUUAGCAGCUUUUGGACUGAGUGAUAAGGCUAGGCUAUAUGUAUUUGCAAGUCAUACGGCAAGUUUGCAGCAAGAUCAUGUGCAUAUCAUCCCAUUGUAAAGCAACUACAAAAGAGUAUGGGAACACAGUACAGUUAGUUAUUUUUACACAGUUCUUUUGUUUUUGUGUGUGUGCUGUCGCUUUGUCGACAACAGCUUUUUGUUUUCCUCAAUGAGGAGUGUUGCUCAUUUGUGAGCCUUCAUUAACUCGAAGUGAAAUGGUUAAAAUAUUUAUCCUGUUAGAAUAGGCUGCAUCUUUUUAACAACUCAUUAAAAAAAACAACCUCUGGCUUUUGAGAUGACUUAUACUAAUUUACAUUGUUUACCAUGCUGUAGUGCUUUAAGAACACUACUUAAAAGCAAAAUAAACUUGGUUUACAUUUAUUUUUCUUUGGCUUAUUCUUUUAUUGGAUGAAAAUGCUGUGAUCACAAAGAUUGUAUUCCAGAAAAAAAAAGCCCAAGUGAGCUAGAUAAUUAGUAAAACUCCCAUAACUGCAGUGACAAACUUUAACAUGCAAUAACUCAUCAGUAAGCUCUUAAAUGCGUGGGUUUUUUAGUUUAGAAAUCAUUUUGAAUUUCUAACAUUAUGAUUAAGCUAGCAUAAUGCAAUAAGAGAAUAAUAUAGAGGCUUGGCCUUGGCUACACUUGAAAGUUGAUAUGAAUUAAAGUAGGGUGUGAAUAUAAAGUACAGGAACCGUGCCUUAAAUUGCAUGCUGUCUUAAUCCAUGUUAAAUCAAGACUAAUUUAUUGGCAAGUCCUACUUAUUUUUCACUUUUUUUUAAAUAGUUUUAAUGCCUUUUGCUAUUUCUGCUUCAUACCUCUGAAGCAAAGGAAAUUAACAGUUUUUAUAGUUUAGCCCCCUUAACCUUUUCAUAAUGUUCUUCCUUUGCCAUCUAGCAAAGAAAUAUCUUGAUUGCUCUUUUUUGUAUGACAGUCUUUGAAUAGGUGCUGGCUUUCUUUUUGGAGCAGUUUGGUUUGUAAUCAUAGGAAUGUCACUAAAACAAAUUCAGCAUUCAUGUACAGUAGUGAAAGGAAGUAAGGUUAGACAGUUUGUGAGAUCCUUUAUAUAAAACUUGAAUAUUGUAGUUUACAUAUUUUGUAUUGUGCAUUUCAAAACAAAGAUCAUUAGCUAACAGUAUUCAUAAAUCAUAGCUGAGCAAAAUGUUUCUGUGGGCUUGCAUAUUUGCUCCAUAUUUCUGCUUAUGAACAUAUCCCCAUUUGCUUGACUCAAUUGGUAGUUAAGGCAGAGUUGUAUCUGUAGAUGGCUUGAUAACAAAAACGGUGUGUGAACCAAUACCAUUUUAAAGCCUUUGGGGGAUGGGGUGCAUGCAAGGAUGGUUAUUCUAAAACCUUUCGUCUUGGGACUUUAUUCUUGUUGGUAAUACAGCUAUUCUCUCUCUUUAUAUAGGUGUUUCUUCAGAUGGUGAUAAGGUGAAGUCUAGGACUAAGUGUAGCUUUCUGUUGUGGUUUGCCAAUUGAGCAUCAUCUGCAGUGACCAGAUAAUGUUUAACUUUCUAAACAAAUAAUAAAUACAUUGUAGAGGAUUCUAAAGUAGUGACACAUUUGGCAUAGACAAAUAACCCACUUGUACAGGCUUUUAUAGAGCUAUGGACUAGUAAAACCUCAUUGCUGCUGUGCAAAAUCUACAGUUAAAUAUCUUUAUUUAAGAGAAACGUGCCGUUAUAUUAAACUGAUGGUAUCAUCUGAGUGCUGGCUCAGGGUUGGUCAGUGAAGAGCAGAAACAAGGGAAUGGUAAUGAAACUAGUUGCGGUAAUGUGAAAAUGACUUCCACAUUUUUCAGUUCAGUUUAAAAAAAAACAAACAAACAAAC